AGUAAAACAUUCAGUAGAAAGCUGCCGUGUAUUCUUCUAAUCCCCUAUUUUAUUUAAGUUGAUUCUUUGUUCAAACCGUAUAUCGGAUCACUAUUACUUUCAAGAAAUAGUUGAAAAAUAAUACAGUUAAAAAUUGUUACUGUAUUAAAAGGAAUUUCUUCUAUUUAGUUAUUGAUCAUGUCUAGAUGCGUUUAAACGAAUAGACCAAAAACGAAAUUUGGAUAAUUGCUGAAUCUAUCUUGCAAUGGAAAGUUGAGUUAAAAAAUUAAUAAAAGAAAUGUAUUUUCCAAUUGGUUGGCCUAGGCAAUUAAGACCUUUGAAUGCAGAAGAAAAUUGGCUGCAAAUUAGUUCCAAUAGAGAAAGAAUUUUUUUGGGCUUAUUAUCUGCAAGACAUUUUUCUAUUUGGUACUGCAAACCUGCUGUGCAAAUUAUUUUGUAUACAAGAGAUUCAGAAUCCUUAAAAGAAUAUGGGGAGAAUGAACUAUUUAUAUGGAGACCGGACUCAUCUAUGGUUGCGAUAUGUACUUCUAAAGGAUAUAUUCUCUUCUUCAAGAUCUCUUUAGACAAAACGAAGCAUCCUUGUGCAGUGUAUACAACUUUUGAACAGAGGAAACACCUUCAGGAAACAAGCGUUGAAGAUGAGCAUAUUCCUGCUUUAGUCGUUAGUCCAUCAGGUUCUACUCAAAUUCCUGGAAAUGUUAAAUGUAUUGAAUGUAUUAAAGACGAAUUAUUAAUAUGUACUGGAUAUGGAUUAUUACAAAGACUUCGAUGGGAUGGUUUAUUAAAUGGUGAAUUUACAGUUACAUUAGCCCAUGUGCCUUUUUCUACUGAUCUAGAAAAUUCUGGAGCCGCUCAACUCUCAGAUCCGGAUGUUUAUAUAACACAUUUGGAGUAUGACUCCCUACUUCAUGGAUUCUUAAUAGUGCUAUCAAAUGGAAAAGCUGCUUAUUUAACUUCUAGCUCAGUAAAGUUUGAUCCAGGACAAAUGCAAGCUGUGUGGGCUCCUGAUUUACAUGAUGCAGUAAGUUGUGGCGUUAAUCAUAAGUAUCUUCUUAUGGCUUUUGGAUGCGAAAAUGGAGAGGGAAUUGUUUAUUGCCUUGAUGAAAUGACUGGUGCCUUACAAAUUUCCUCAAGAUUAGUAGUUCCAACAAGAGAUUUUCCUGAUGCUAGACAUGUUUGUGGUAGUGCUGAAAUGUUGAAAUGGACUCCUGACGGACGUGUUUUAAUAAUGACUUGGCAACACGGAGGUUUUGGAUUAUGGAGUGUAUUUGGAUCACUUUUAUUGUGUUCUUUAACGUUUGAUCACAGUUCAAAUCAUAAACUCUUUUCUAAUCCUAAUUCAAGAAUUAAAUCUCUUGAAUGGAGUUGUGAAGGUUAUCAUCUGUGGAUAAUCAACGAUGAUGAACAAACAACUAAUGAGGAAUCUGGAAAAAGUAAUCUAUCACUUCAAGUUUUGUCAUUUGUUAAGAGUGCAUCAAAUUCGAAUUGCGGAACUACCAAUCAAGGUCAAAUACUUCUUCAAGGAGAAGAUAGACUGUAUUUAAGCGUUGAUGAAUUUUCAUCUAAAAAUUGGCACUCUCAAGUUGAACAUGGAGAGCUAAUUAGCGCUUUUGGUGGUAGACAUUGGACAGUAUUACCAAUACCAGAAGCAUAUUUAACUCAUAAUUUUCCAAUAAGAUAUUCUGCCGUUGAUUCUAAUGGUAAAUGUGUAGCAGUAGCUGGUAAAACGGGACUUGCUCACUUUGCCUUAAACUCAAGACGAUGGAAAUUAUUUGGCAAUGAAAAUCAGGAGAGAGAAGUAGUUGUUUCAGGUGGUUUAACUUGGUGGAAAGAAUUUAUAUGCGCUGCUUGUUACAAUAUUCCAGAACAGAGAGAUGAAAUUCGAUUUUACACAAGAGAAACAAAAUUGGAUAAUACAUUUAGUGAAGUAGUUAAAGUUCCUUUUCAGCUAUUGUUAUUGAACACAUUUAAAGAUUUAUUGGUUGUUUUAUGUCUGGAUGCACAUAUAAUGCUCUUAAAAAUGGAGAGGAAGAAGAAUAAAGGCAGCUAUGCUACUGUCAUAACAACAAAAAUUCAAGAAGUUCCUAUUGGGAACUUUGUACCCCAACCUCUUCUAGUAACCUGGGUAGCCAUGACGCCAUUUAGAACAGAAACUGCAUCUGUGAAAAUACCUCAACAAACUGAGUUCGAAGCAGAGAGUAUACUCCUAAAUGUAGCAGGAAAAUUGCUUAUGUUUCAAAGAGAUCGCUCGGGAAUGCAACUGAAGUCUCAAACUGAAGAUAAACCGUUGCCUUUCUGUGCACCUGUGAUGGUAGCAUCUUCAGUUGAGAAUAUGUGGUCUAUGUGCGCAACAAAUUCAAAGAAAGAUACAAGAUAUAUAUGUGACGCAUUGUGGUUAGGUUGCGGAGCUUUUGGAAUAAAAGUUUGGUUACCUCUCCCUCACAGUGAAGAUUCAAAAGCUCAUAGUUUUAUGUCUAAAAGAAUUAUGCUACCAAUAAAAGUUGACCUUUAUCCACUGGCAAUUCUCUUUGAAGCUGGAGUGAUUUUAGGAACAAUUAGUGAUGCUGUCACUUAUAAAACUAGUGGGGAUCAAUUUCAUGAUAGCUGGCCUUAUUUGGCUUUAGAAAGAACUAGUCAGAUAUUUCUGCAUCAUGUUCUACGUCAGCUGCUCAGACGAAACUUGGGUGUUCAUGCUCUUCAGUUGGCGUUUAGUUAUCAAAGUUUACCUUAUUUUCCACAUGUUCUCGAAUUAUUAUUGCACGAAGUGUUAGAAGAAGAAGCUACUAGUAAAGAUCCAACACCAGAUCCACUGCUACCAAGGGUAGUUGCUUUUAUUCAAGAAUUUCCAGAGUUUCAUCAUGAAACUAUUGUUCAUUGCGCAAGAAAAACUGAGGUUGCUCUAUGGCCCCAUCUUUUUGCUGUUGUUGGUAAUCCAAAAGAUUUAUUCGAGGACUGCCUUUUAAAUAAGAAGUUACAAACUGGCUCUUCUUAUCUUAUUAUCUUACAAAAUUUGGAGAAACCGAUGGUUUCAAGACAGCAUGCUACACUUUUACUGGAUGCUGCUUUAGAAAGCUGUGAAUGGGAAUUAGCAAGAGAUUUAGUAAGAUUUCUUAAGGCAAUUGAUCCUUCUGAAGCUGAAUCACCUCAUUCACCGAGAACAAGGGUGGGUAGUUUAUGCAUUUACGGUGCAAGUUUAAUGGGGCCGUCUAGUUUAUCUAGCCCCAAGGAAGGUGGUUCAUUUAUAUUUAAUCCGUCAAUAAGGGCAAAAUCGGAUGCUGAGAGAAAGGAUAAAAAGGAAAAAGUUAAACAUACAUUAUCUUGCGAUAAUAUUAAAGUCCCUAAAAAGCAAGCUAAUCAAACAAUUCCUCAAAAAUCUGAAGAAAUUAAUUCGGAAAAAUUAUUUAUCGAUGUUAUAUUAAAUCGACAUGCACGUCAUUUAUUAAGUUCGUAUAGACUAUACGAUUUGGCUUGUUUUGCCGCAAAUUUGGAUGAUUAUCAACUAAUCGGAUGGUUAAAGAGAGAAAAAUUAAGGGCAGCUAGAGUUGACGAUUUUAUCACUGCUAUCAACAAACUACAUCAAGAUUUCUGUUGGCCGUUACCUUUACCCCCUCUUACCUCAGUUAAUUUGAGCAGAUUAUCUUUGGACAGUUUGUCCCCUGGUUCAACUCCUGCAUCUUCAGCUCCAAGUACAGUUACAAAAGAUGAGACUAUAAUUAAGCCUCCUGAUAAACUGGAUAUACCACUUAAAAGGUAUGACACGAGUCCUGGAAGCCCACACAGUGCCAAUAUUCAACUACUUCCGCAAAAGAGUCAAGAAUGUUCAAGUUACGCAAAUACUGAAAUAAGCGAAAUAAGUGAUUUAGAUGGUGCGCAAGAUGCUCUUAUGUAUUCUGAUAUGGAUUCAAAUUUGUUACAUAAUUUAUCCCAACAAUUAGCCAAUAAAGGACCACCCGAAAGUGAACAUCAAUUAAGAUUUUUGCUACAAGUCGUACAAGAGGCUGGCUGCUUGGAGUGGGCUCUUAUUUUAUCAAUUUUGCUUCGAGAUAUAACAGCCGUUGUUAGAACUGUCAAUUUAGCUUCAUUACCCGAUACAACGACUGACAUAGUUUUACGAAUGCGUAAUGGUUUACAGAAGCUGGAAGAGUGGUCACAAGAUAAUUGUCCUGGAUAUAAAGCCGUCUGCACAGCUAUUCAAAAUCAAAUACUCCGUCUAAAUGGCAUGCUAAUUAGUAAGGAAAGACCAAGAACAAGAAAUUCAAGUUCAAAUAGUCAAAUAUCGUUACCAUCACCUACAACUCCUACAGAAAAUAUUACAAAGCCCUUUGAAAGAGAUUGCAGUACAGAAGAAGUUGAAGAGAAAGAGACAGAGCCAGAAGAAGACACAGAAAAUCAAUCUAGAGACUGUGUAAUUAGCUAACUAUUUGUCAAUUUAACAAAAGAAUCUUUAUCGUAUGUCAAUCAUAUUAAAUUCGACGGUGCAAAUUAUUUUCUUCAGACAAUUGUUUAGUUCACGUUUAUAAACUUGUGAACUUGUUGAAUAUAUACAGGCUUGUUUUACUGAUUUUGUUUUAGUAUCUAUUGAUUAAUGGUUGAACGUGUGCUGCUAAUAAAUUCGAGAACAACUAUGCACACCUUACGAAUUAUAAUGUACUGCUUUAGCAGAUUUUUUAUUAAAAGUUUCAACGAAAAAUACACACUCUUGUAAAAAUUUUAUCAGA